UGCUUCAUGAUAUUUCUUUGCCUCGGUGAGUUCGCAAAUAUAUUAAGUUGUAAGUAGAUUUUGUAUGUCCUCUAAAAAGCGACCCUGUGCUUGCUGCAGCGAGAAUCACGCUGUCCUGAAGCGGCCACGAAAUGGAGAAAUGCUCUGCCAGGGGUGUUUUUUUCGCCGAAUCGAAGAUGAAAUUCACGAUACGAUUCAAUGUGAAAGGCUAUUUGAGCGCGGAGACAUCGUGGCCAGCGGUGCCAGCGGUGGGAAGGAUAGUACCGUACUGAUGCAUAUUUUGUGCGAGCUCAACAAGCGCUAUGACUACGGCAUUUGUCUGGAGCUAAUUAGUAUUGAUGAAGGGAUCAAAGGCUAUCGUGAUGAUAGUUUAGAAACGGUUAAGCGCAACUCCGCCUUUUACGGACUGCCACUCCAUAUUCUGUCCUAUCAAGAUCUAUACGGCUGGACGAUGGACGAAAUUGUUGCCGUUGUCGGCCUUAAAAACAGCUGUACAUUCUGCGGUGUGAUGCGGCGGCAAGCUCUAGAGCGCGGUGCUGCACUUAUAGGCGCGAAUAAAAUAGUUACUGGGCAUAACGCUGAUGACACGGCGGAGACGGUGCUUAUGAAUGUGUUGCGUGGGGACGCCCCACGCUUGGCGCGCUGCACACAGGCUGUCUCGAGGGGUGAGGGACUCCUUUCUCGAGUUAAGCCGCUUAAGUACACAUAUGAGAAGGAAAUCGUGCUCUAUGCUCAUUUUAAGAAGCUAGACUACUUCACAACCGAGUGUAGCUACGCCAAGGAAGCGUUUAGGGGUACCGUACGGGCUCUCAUUAAAGAAUUGGAGGUUAUCCAGCCGCGAUGCAUUGCCGAUAUAGUUCACAGCGGUGAGCGGAUAACGGUGAACUCGAAAGAUGCCACUCCAACAAACGCGCAAGGGGCGUGCACGCGGUGUGGUUAUGUUACUAGUCAACGGUUAUGUCGAGCAUGUGUGCUUCUGAAUUCGCUAAAUAAUGGAAAUCCACACACAGCGCUGCGUACGACAUUAUAA